CUCAAAAAAAAAAAAAAAAAAAAAAAAACAAUUCCGUUGACUCCAGACCAGUUCCCAGGCGUUAGGUUCGCCACACGGUAUCAGUUUACAAAAAGGAGAUCAUGUAAACGGGAAAAUACCUUUGACACGCAAGUGCCAAGUGGAGAGCCCAAUCUUUUGAAUCCCAGGGGCCGGCGUCGGCGAGCCUGGAAGCGCCCCCUGCUGCUGCAAAAUAGCCACAGCAAUGGCUUCCUCUGUCAUUGAGGUUCAACUUUAUCUCCUUCUCCUGGCCCUAGUUUGUCCCCUCUACGUCGUCAAAGCCAAUUUAAUUCUCCAUCCUUCAGAUUUGGAUGCUAUCUCCACACUCUGGACCGGUUUUGGUUUCCCCACUCAUCAACUCCAUAUUUCACCUUCAAGAAAUGGAAAUCCCUGCCAUGAGACCGAAGGUAUUCACUGUGAGAAGAGAAUCUCCGCUGAAUCUCCGCCGGUUCUUCGAGUCACUCGAAUCGUCCUGGACUCUCGAGGCCUCAACGGAUCUCUCUCUCCUUCCAUCGGACGGUUAUCGGAGCUCAAAGAGCUCUCCUUGUCGAACAACCUUCUCGUUGACCAGAUUCCUACCCAUAUCGUUGACUGCCAGAAGCUUGAGAUCUUAAACCUCCGGAAUAACCUCUUUUCCGGGGAGAUUCCAUCAGAGGUGUCCUCCUCCCUUAUACGUCUACGCUCCCUUGAUCUCUCUUCAAAUAGGUUUUCCGGUGACCUGAGCUUCUUAAGAUAUUUUCCCAACCUUGAGAACCUCUCCCUCGCGGACAAUCUGUUCUAUGGAAGAAUACCAAAUUCACUAAGAUCUUUCCCAAAUCUCCAAUACCUGAAUCUUUCAGGAAAUAAUUACCUCCAAGGCCCCAUCCCAGCAAUGAACCAAGUUGGCUAUUCCGCUUCCCCCAGGUUGAAGACAAAAACCAGAACCACUAGUCUCCCCAAGCGCUACAUAUUGACCGAGAAUUCCUCAAAGAGUAAUCAUCCAAUAAGAGGCGUUGCAAUCGCACCGUCACCAUCCAAUGCCGAGGCUCCAUCUCCUUCUGCAUCCCUCCUCAAACAUCAUACAAGCAAAAGAAAACUCAAAAGUUCGGUCAUCGGCUUAUUUUGUGGUGUUACUACAGGGAUAAUAUCUUGGUUUAUACUAUCGAUUUUGUUUAAGCUUCUCUUGAUAUGCAUCAUACGCAAAGGAAGAGACUCGGGUACAGUGAUCUUCAGCUCCUUGAUUAAGGACGCCAAGGCCAUAGCUUUCCUCGAAAAAGAAGAUGGGUUGACUUCCUUGGAGCUCAUCGGAAGAGGUGGUUGCGGAGAAGUUUACAAGACUGAGCUUCCAGGAAGCAACGGCAAGAUCAUCGCCAUCAAGAAGAUACUUCAACCUCAACCUCAACCUCAACCUCACCCUCAACAGCUCACCGGCGCAACUGAGCUUGCGAAAGAAGACAGCAAGUUCCUCACUAAGAAGCUCCGUCAAAUCCGGUCGGAAAUCAAGACCGUCGGUCAAAUUCGACACCGGAAUCUCCUACCUCUUCUCGCCCAUGUGCCCCGGCCGGACUGUCAUCUAUUGGUGUACGAGUACAUGAAGAAUGGGAGCCUACAAGAACUACUGCACCAAGUGUCACAGGGGACCAGGGAAUUAGAAUGGAAAGUGCGACACCGAAUCGCCACUGGAAUCGCAGCUGGCUUGGAAUAUCUACAUAUGCACCACAGUCAACGUAUCAUUCAUAGGGAUCUAAAACCGGCAAACAUACUUCUGGAUGACGAAACGGAGGCCCGAAUUGCAGAUUUCGGGUUGGCCAAGGCGGUCCCUGAUGCCAACACUCACGUGACUACAUCCAACGUGGCAGGGACGGUGGGUUAUAUAGCACCGGAGUACCACCAGACUUUAAAAUUCACGGAAAAGUGUGACAUUUACAGCUUCGGAGUGAUGCUGGCAGUGCUGGUGAUGCGAAAAUUACCGUCGGAUGACUUCUUCCAACAGACGGCAGAGAUGAGUUUGGUCAAGUGGCUGAGGAACAUUUUGACCUCAGAGGACCCAAGGAGGGCCAUCGAUGAGAAGCUGAUGGGGAAUGGGUAUGAGGAGCAAAUGCUACUUGUCCUCAAGAUUGCUUGCUUUUGUACUGUAGACAAUCCCAAGGAGAGGCCUAACAGCACUGAUGUCCGGUGUAUGCUCUCUCAAAUUAAGCCCUAAGCAGCUUGAAACAUAAUACUUACCUCCUUCACAAAAUAAGGUAAAAGAAUUAUUGCGUAAUCAAUAAUUCAUAGCCAAUAGGGUCAGUACUAGUGGAAGGAAGUCUUUGUCCUUUCAUCGUUCAAAUAAGUUGGUUGUAUUUUUGAGUUAAUAAGUCCCAUUAUUGUUCGUUAGUUCUGCGAAGGUGUUGUUUAUGAAUGGAGGAUUCAU